AGUCAGGACGCUUGAAAUGUUUUGGAAAAAAAGACGCUCAAGAAUGAAGAGAGAGAGACUGAGGAAGAGAGAGAGUGAGAGACUGAGGAAGAGAGAUUGAGGAAGACGACAAGACGUCGACGGUCGAUUGGAGUCCGGAUAUUUACAGCCGUCGGAGCCGAGGACGACGACCGGUGAGGAACGAAGACAAGUCACGAACACUCGAAGUCUCGAACAGGAAGCCAAGAGUUGCGACGGCCGACGGCUGAAGCGAAGCCGCGCACCGCCACCUACACCGCCCACGCGUCGCCGUCGCCGACUAUCCGACUCGCCGGCCCCCAUUACAUUUUUCAGACAGUUUUGCAUUUAGUAUACAGGAGGAUUUCUCAAGAGUUCCAUUGUCAAGUGGGAAAAUAGGUCCAAAGAUUGAUGGAUCGUCCACCACAUGAUUAUGCUGCAAUGGCAUUUGCGCAGCAGCAACAACAGGCAGCUAAUAUGCCUGGACAACAGUAUGGGUAUCCUCCACAGCAUCAACAGUUUCCCCCUUCAGUUCAUGGUCCUCCGUUUCUACCUCCUCAUCCAUCUGUCCAACAGUACCCUUUUCAGCAUCAGCAGCAUCCUCAACAAAUGCAUCCUCAUCCUCCCCACUCACAUCUUCAUCAUCUUCAGCAGCAACAACAGCCUCCACCAGCCUUCCCCCCUCACAUGCCUCCUCACCUGGUACCCUCUCCUUUUUCUGGAGGUCCAUAUGACUCUGCCCCUCCCCCAGCUCCUCCUCCUCCAGAUCCAGAAAUGCGGAAGCGAAUUGACAAGCUAGUUGAGUACGUUGCCAAAAAUGGCCCAGGAUUUGAAGCGAUGGUCUGUGAGAAAGAACAUAAAAACCCAGAUUAUAGUUUCUUGUUUGGUGGUGAGGGUCAUGGAUACUAUCGCUAUAAGCUAUUUUUAUUUACUCGGUCUCCUGGUCCUUUUGGUGCCCCUUUUCCCCCUUCUAUGCCUGGAAUUCAUCCACCCCCUAUGAAUGCUACUGCAGCUUCUGGUUCAAUGUUGGGCCCACCUCAGAUACACCAACCUCCUUUCCCUCAUUAUGAUCAGCAACCACCUUAUUCUCAGCCUUACAUGGGUGAUGGUAGACUGGACUAUGAAUCCAAGUCAUUUAGAGGUCUUUCUGGUCCACUUCCUUCUGAUAUUGCAAUGGAGUUGAACAAUGUGCUUGUCAACCUCACUGGUACUAAGGAGUCGAUCAAAGGUGCAAAAGCAUGGUUUAUGCAGAGGUCGCCUUUUGCACCUGCUCUUGCCGAAGCAUUGAGAGACAGGGUCUUUACUUUGGAAGAUUCUGAGAAGCAAUUGCACAUUGUUUACCUUGCAAAUGAUAUCCUCUUUGACAGCUUCCAGCGGCGUGCCAAUCCUCAUGAACCUGAUAAUGAGGCCCUUGCAUUCAAACCUGUUCUAGGCUCUAUGCUGGCAAGGAUUUACCAUCAUCCCCAAAAUAAGGAAGAAAACCAGUCACGAUUGCAGAAAAUAGUGCAAUUCUGGGCGUCAAAAGAAGUUUAUGACCAAGAAACUAUUCAUGCGCUCGACGGAGAGAUGCUUGGAGGACCACCAGCUAGUUCUUUUCUGGGGACUCCCAAGGAGCUACGUGGUUCAUCUGCUGAUCCUUCACUUUCAGGCGGGAUACCUCACCAAGCAUCAAUCAACCUUCCACAAUGGCAGCAGGACAAACAAAGUUCUUUACUUAAUCAAGAACAGCCUGAUAGACAUGGUCUCACCUCAGCAAUGCCUCCUGGUCCACCAUUUCUUCCACAUACUGUUUCACCAGGUGGAUUUGCAGGUUCUUUACCUCUAAUUUCAGCCAUUCCGCCGAACCAAUCAGCUACACCACUUACAUUACCGCAACCUCCUGCUAAUGUUGGUGAAAAGUUACCACCUUACCCUUUGUUUCCUCCCGGUCUCAUACCCGGAAUGGUAAAAAAACAGCAGAUAGGAAGUGGUGUGCCCUAUUCUUCGAUGAGCCCUCUAGACAUUCCAACUACCAUACCACCAUCUGAUAUACCAGAAUCUGAUCUUUUGGAGAGAGUGUCUAAAUUUUUUAAGGAGAUCGGGGAGGUCAAUCCUUCUGAAGGGCCAAUGAGUGGAUCCGAAGCUAGAUAUGAAGAUGACUAUCAAAGAGAUUCUCCGGUCCGCAAGGGAGGAGCUUGUAUACCUCCUCCGUCAAACUUGCAAUCAGAUGCAGAAAGAGAAACAGAAACGGGAUCAUUUGGCUCUGGAAGGUUGGGCCUUGGAGCUACGGUGAAUCUCAAUGAGGCUAGUCAAUAUGAUGAUGUUUAUACUAGUUACCGCAAACACAGAAGCUCUAAUUACCAUGUGUCAAUGAGUGCUAGGGCAGGGCCAAAGUGAAGUAUAGUAGAAAUAUUUCUUGCUUUUUGAUCAAGGAUACUAGAAUAUAGAAGCUUGUUUCUCUUGUAGAACUUAAUGUUCUUCAUUCUUGGUUUGGAUAUUGGUAAUCUUCUAACGAAAUCAUCUCUUCCAAUUCA